UACCAAGUAGUCCCCAAGCAAAUCGACAUUCAAAGGGUUCAAUUAUCCUCAAGAUGAUCAGACAGAUCGAGGCCCUCUCCUCGUACAGCCCCUUGUCGGUCUGCCGAUUCGGAGCAAUCUUCAGCCUGUUUACAUGGAAUCUCGUAGGGGAGAUCGGUAAAUGGAAUUUCCCCAUAUAUCUGUUUGGGAUCGUGUCGCACGAGAUGAGCGGCUUUGUGGUCUACCGCGAAUUCAUUCACAUCCUCUUCCCCUCGCUCUUCCUCGACGGCUUUGCGCUCCUCUCCUCUACCUCCAACCUCUUCACAUUCAUCCUCGCCGCCCUCUCCUUAGGCCUCAAGUUGGCCCUAUACAUGAGCGCCAAACGCGUCCUCCUCGAAAAGGGCGGAGAGGCCGUGAACGGGUUCGCGAGUCUGGAUCCGAGGAGAGCUAUGCAGAACUUCCAGGCUGCGGGAGGCGGGGGCGGAUGGGGAACGGGGAACGGUGGUCAGACUUUGGGCAGUGGAGGAGAACAAGGAGGACAGACGAUCUUUGCGAUGCCAGGUGCGCUCUCCUCGACUCCGCCUCCGUACACCAACCAGGGAUCUGGUGGGAACAACAACGGCAGGUUCCCCGGUAGUGGAUUUACCCUGGGCACCGACGACGACAAUGAGCAAGGUCACAUCCCCGGACCUGGGAACCAGACCGGUAGGGGUGGAUAUCAGGCCGUACCCUGAUCCGACAUCGGUUCCAGUAGUAUGAUCACAGGGCGGAUUGUAGAGAUGGGUAUCCAUGAUAGACAAAGGGCGAU